UGCCUAACUUCACUCCCAUCGAAACGUCAUGUGAAUAUUCCUAACCUCAAUAUAGGAGAUUUUCUCUUUAAAUUCUUAUUCUGUAUUUCUGACACAAAAGUACCAAAAUGGCCAAUGAAACUGUUGAAUUCAGGCUCAACGUCGUACCUGGUGAUUUCGGGUUAGUUUCCCUCGAUCCUGAAUGUAUUCAAUCGAUCCUCUACACCAGAAUAGCCAAAGUGCCUUGUGAAGUAAGAUUUUCCGAUUCUUACAAAGUAUGUACUCUGUUUUCAACACCAAGCUUAGUAGAUGGGAAAAAAGUUCUCAAAGGAAAUCAAGAGAUAACACAGUAUCUUCGCAGCAAGAAUUACAACAUAGAUUUUGGAUUGAACGGAAUGAAGUGCAGUACAACUAUGGCUAUUACUAGUUUAGUACAAGAGAAAAUAAGACCACUUUUAGAAUUUGUGAUGUGGAUAGACAAGAGGAAUGCUGAAGAACUGAUUAUUCCAUGGCAUAUGAAAGUUUUGAGACUUCCAUUCAACUACUUUUACACUAAUAGACAUAAAAAGGAUGCCGAGAAUCUGAUAGAGACAAUGUACCCUUAUGAAGAUAAUCCUGAAGUCAUUAAAGACUAUCUCAAUAAGGCAGCCACCGAGGCUUUCAGCUCCCUGUCUAGUUUGUUAGGAGAGAAAGACUAUUAUUUUGAACACUCACCCACUUCUCUGGAUAUCCUUGUUUAUGCCUAUCUGGCCCCAUUCAUUAAACUACCUUUCGUGUCGGUUGAUAUCGGAAACAUGUUCACAAAUUUAUGGCCCAACUUGGAGAAAUUUGUAAAGAGGAUAGAUGCCAAGUUUAUGCCUGAUUUAACCGAUAAUGCUAGAAAUGUGAUACAAAGUGAAAGGAACCUGGUAAACGAUGAGGAAGUGUCGAUAUCCGCAGUUAUUAUAUUGUCUGUUAGUGCGGUAACUCUUGUGAUGACUUUUAUUGUUCAAAGGGGAUUUUUUAGAUUGCGAUGAACAAGAUCUAGCAGAAUUGUUUAUAUUCUGAGAUAUGUGGAAUUCCCCCCAAGAAAAAUAUUAUAGUCUUACUGUUGUUAUUCGGUCAGAUAUUGUUAUUCCACCAUGUACCAAAUUGAGAAGUUGUGAAACUGAGAACCUUGUUAUUUUAUAGUUUUUAUUUAUUAAAAAAUGCUUUCGUU